AUGGUUCUGACGGAGUUGCUGAGGCUAAAAGAAUCCAAAUCACCAGGUCCCGAUGAGAUUCCGGCGAAGAUUUUGAAGGAACUCACCGGUGAGUUGUCUAAGCCACUCUUCAUGCUUUUCCAUACAUCCUUCGAGACCGGAUGUCUGCCACCCGACUGGAAGUCGGCGUGGAUUACGCCGCUGUACAAGGGCGGAAGUCGGGUCUCUGCGAACAAUUACAGACCGGUCAGCCUCACCUCCAUUUGCUGUAAGAUUAUGGAGAAGAUAAUAAAGCAACAACUAAUGCAGUUCCUUGAACAAAACCAUUUGCUUUCCGAUUCUCAGCAUGGAUUCCGAAAAGGCAGAUCCUGUGUGACAAACCUGCUCUACUGUCUGGAACACUGGACUAGGGCUGUUGAUAGAGGAGAUAUGGUGCAUGCCAUCUAUAUCGACUUUAAAAAGGCCUUCGAUAGUGUGCCUCACCACCGCCUUCUAUACAAACUUAGCCGUGCAGGAGUGCGAGGUAAGCUUCUGAUGUGGAUUCGGGGCUUUUUAAUCGGCCGCUCUCAAGCCGUGCACGUCGGUGAACAACAAUCUGCCGAGGUUGCCGUUAAGAGUGGUGUUCCCCAAGAUUCUGUUCUUGGCUCUACACUGUUCCUCCUAUACGUCAAUGACUGCGCAAACGAACUGAAUUGCGAUGUCGCAAUGUUUGCCGAUGACAUAAAGAUCUGGAGUACCAUACGAAGCGAAGUUGACGAGGCGCGACUGCAGACAAAUCUGGACCACCUCGAGCAAUGGUCGAAAGACUGGCUUCUACCGUUCAACGUAAACAAGUGUACUUUCCUACGCGUCGGCAGAACCAGUUCCCCUAACCCCACGGUCUACCGUCUGACUUGCAAACCACUGCAAGAAGUCGACGCCCAGAAGGACUUGGGUCUAUGGAUCACAACCUCGCUUAAGCCUUCGCUGCAAUGUUCCAAGGUGGCCAAGUCGGCGAUGUCCAUGCUAUACCUUGUCAAACGGGCGUUCUCCUCCUUUGAUGAAGACUGCUUCGCCAAGGUCUUUCAAACUAUUUUGCGACCGCAUCUGAAGUUUGCUAUCUAA